CCCAUUACAGUCCUGAGGUACUAUUUACGCUCAGCGAGCGUAUCGGCGAGUCUUCCAUCAGUGUUUCAACAAAUAACUACGUUUUGUUGUGUUUAUUGGUUUUAUGUGUUCUAAGGCCCUUUUUAAUGACUUUUCUGACAUUGAUUUAAAUGGCAGCAUAUCACAAAAAUGGAAACGACUGCGGCAGUGUUGCGCGUCACUACGUGGCCACAGUUCCGAAACAUCGAAAAGUGCGUUGCUCGACCCAGCAACCCCUCACAUAUUAGUUAGCACCCCUCACACCACUUCAUCCCUCCGGUUGCCAAGCAAUACCAAGAAAAGUAGCGUCCAGGAUGUCCUUAGGGCCAAAUUUAGCCAAAUCCAUGUAGGUUUAAGAAGAAGGAGAGCUCUUUCUGUUCAGGAGUUCUUUCAUAAUGUUGGGAGUAGCGGAAAAGAACAAAUUAAUCAACCAAAGACUGCUUUUUACGUUCCUCCACCUGAAAAUCCACCUUCUGAUAAGAAGUCUAGGAGUUUUCAGUCGGCCUCUGAGAGGAAACCCAGACCUAGGCAAAGAGGCUCAUUAAAUUUUAGUCUUCCAAAUACAGAAUACUACUACGAACCACCCCCAGAUUACGACAUCGAACCAGGAAGGCACCGUAGAUGGUCAGUGGCGGCCAACCCUGCCCACCAUCAAGAAGUAACCGGGCAACCCCCGAUCUACACUCACCCAACGAAAACUCACAACCUGAACAACCACAUCGAAAACUUCAGCAUCAAAAUUCCAAAGACGAAAUUAAGCAAAAGUCAGCAUCUAGACAGGGCAAGGUCGCAAUCGCCCAGCUGGAACAAAAGACAAUUAUCAGAGUGCACCAAGGCGGAAAAACAAACCAGGUUUAAAGUGGCCAACUCGAAGAGCCAUUACGAGUUGGGAGGCGUCAGACAAAAAGCGGAAGUACGACCGGACGGUAAAUACGAACGUGAUCAUCAGGAUUCUAUAGAAGAACUUGAAGAAAUCGAAGAAGAAGAGGAGGAAAGCAAGUUUUGCACCCUCCCUAGGGGCGGUAACACUUUUACCAUCAGACAAGUGAUGUUCCAAAAGGGUCCUGACUUUAAACCCUUGGGAUUCAGCAUUGUAGGAGGAAGAGACUCUCCUAAGGGUAGCAUUGGGAUUUAUGUUAAAACAAUAUUCCCUAAUGGGCAGGCUGCUGAGAAUGGAACUUUGAAAGAAGGUGAUGAAAUAUUGGCAGUAAAUCAUAAACCACUUCAUGGAGCUUCACACAAAGAGGCGAUAAACGUUUUUAAACAAAUCAAGUCUGGUGCUGUCUUGUUACAUAUUGGCAGAAGAAUCAACAAGAGACAAAGGGAGAAGCUCGUUACAUAAUAACCCCACGUUAAUAUUUAUAUAUUGUUUUAGCUUUAGUCUUAUAUAGUAUAUACCAAAGAUUAAACGAUUUUUGUUUAAUAAACAUUGAAUUUUCAUAGUUAUAUAUGUAGCUAAAUAAGCUAAUUUUUUGUGUUAUGUACUUAGUUCUAAUAUUUAAAAUGUGUAUCACCCUACUUAAAUCCAGCUUGCAAGAGUACAAUUAAUAUUUUAAAUUAAGUCCACAAUAAUCUAAAAGGAAGUAAUGUUAUAUAAAUGCUCUAUUUUUCUCUAAAAAUUGUAUAAACAAAAUACAGUAUUGCUUAUAUUUAAAAAUAUAUCCGCAGAUGUAUUUAGAAUAGUAAUAAGGUUGUCUUCGCCUAAACCAUAAUAUAUUUUCUGAUAUUUAAUAAUAAUCUCUAUAGUAACCAAAUGUGAUACUUUUUUAUUAUUUUUAUUAAAGUAUGGACUUCA